AUGUUUGUUAUAAAAAAAAAUUUAACUUUUAAAAAAUUUUUUUCAACAACAAAUAUUUUAUUAAAAAAAUUUAAUAAUAUAAAUAUAUGUGAUAAUAAAAAAGGAAUUCAAUUAGAAAAUCAAGAUGGAGAAAUAAUAAAAAUACCUUUAAUUUGGUUACGUGAUCAUUGUAAAAGUGAAAAAUCUUAUACAUGGAAAACAUUUCAAAAAAAUGUUAUAUUAAACGAUCUAUGGAAACAAUCAGAAAUUAAUAAUAAUUCUGACAUAAAAUUUGACAAAGAAAAUCAAAAAAUAUUUAUUAAAUGGAAAGAUGGUCAUAAAAGUGAAUAUGAUAUUAAAUCAAUCUUAAAAUCAAAUACUUAUAAAAAUAAUCAAAUACCAGAAAAAAUUUUGUGGAAUAAAAAAUUAUUUAUUUCAAAUUCAAAACCAUUAUCAUAUAAUAAUUUAGAUGUUAGAGAAUUUUAUAAAGAAUUUUUUAAAUAUGGUUUAGUUUUUAUUAAUGAUGUACCAUAUCAUGACUCUAAAUAUACAAAAGAACUUUGUGAAAAAAUUGCCUGUAUCCAAAAUACAUUAUUUGGUUCAUUUUGGGUAUUUUCUAAUUCAAGUACAAAUAAAGAUGAAGUUCACGCUGAUACAGCUUACACCUCAACAUCAAUAGGUUUACAUACAGAUGGUACAUAUUUUCAACAAACCCCAGGUAUUCAAGUACUUCAUUGUCUUCAAAAAUCAAAAAGUGGUGGUGAAAAUAUUUUAACUGAUGGUUUUUAUUGCGCACAAAAUCUUAACAAAAAAUAUCCUACUUAUUACAAAUUUUUAAGUAACAAUAAAUUUUAUCAUCACUAUAAAGAAUUACCUAGUGAUAAUACAUCAACAGGUUAUCAUAGUGUUAAUUAUUCAAAUAUCAUUGAAACAUCAAAUGAUGAGAUAAAGCAAAUAAGAUUUAAUCCUUAUGAUAGAAUGGAUAUAACUAUUGGUAGAAGUGAAGAAGAUUACAAUAACUUAAUGAUUUUUUAUCAAUCAUAUACAAAGUUUAAUGAAAUAUUAAAUGAUGAAGAUAAUACUUUAGAGAUAUCUUUAAAUCCAGGUACUGUAAUGUUUAUGGAUAAUAAACGUAUCCUUCAUGCAAGAAAAGAAUUUGAAGGUAAAAGAAUUAUGUGUGGAGCAUAUUUAAAUUAUGAUGAUAUGGUAGCAAGAGCUAAUAGUCUUUUUGAGGGUAACAAAAUUGAAUAUUUAUAA